GCGCGAGGAAGUUGCGAGCGAGGCGAGGAGGAUGGGGAAGGGAGUUUUGUUGAAGUAAGAAAGUAAGAACUCCUUUCCCACGGAGUUAAGCGAGAGAGAGGGCUCUUGCCACACUGGGUGUGUGUGUGUUGGGGGGAGGGUGGAAGAGACAGAGUUAUUGUUUUAAAAAGGAACAUUCUGCAUUGCCUUUUGAAGUUUGCUGGGACAAUGUGAGCAGUUGGAGAAGAUUGCCAAAGAUGGAAAGAAUCUGUCGUGGACAUCAUCACUCAGCUGGAUGUGACGAGUAAAGUCCUUCAGCGUCAGUAGUGGAAGACACGGACCGACAGCAUGUUAAGCCUCAGACUACCUCGUCUACUCUCCAGCCACCAAGUCCCUAAGGCUUUUCAAGAAGAUGGCAUCAUCUCUGGCUAUAGAUGCCCUAAAAGCUCAGCCUUUGACUGCAUCCUGAGUCUCUUUCACCUCACAAAUGAGACGCUCAACAUCUGGACUCACUUCCUUCCUGCCUGCUACUUCAUGCGGCGCCUGCUGGGCUUCUCGCAGUCACUCGACUUCCUGGGAGAGGCGUACACCUGGCCGCUGCUCGCCUACCUGCUCACGUGCUGCCUCUACCUGCUGGCUUCCAGUCUGGCCCACACUUUCAGCACCAUGUCCGUGCGCUCCCUGCACGUGUGCUUCUUCUUCGACUACGCGGCACUCAGCCUCUACAGCCUAGGUGUUCCUCUGCUCGGGCGAAGGCUGCUCUCAAAACGAGACCUUCCCGUGGCACUACGCACACAUCCUGCUCGCCGUGCUCACCGCGUGCCUCUUCUCCAUGCACCUCCCCGAGCGUCUGCUCCCUGGGCGCUUCGACUAUGUCGGCCACAGCCACCAGCUGUUCCACGUGAGCGCGGUGCUGGGCACCCACGUGCAGCUGGAGGCGGUGGCGGACGACAUGGGUCUGCGGCGUGCGUGGCUCCUGACCAACGUGGGCUCCGAGGCCUCCUACUUCACGCAGUCCAUGGCGGCUCUGGGCCUGGCCGUGGGCCUGAACCUCGGCCUCAUCGCAGCCUUCUCGCUCGCCAUGUGGCGGACGGCCGACACGAACGCCCCUCACCUCGAGGACUCCAACCACAACAAGCUCAAGGAGCAUUAGGGGCCCUGGGUGAGCCCUGCUUCAAGUUUUUUCCUUGUGGAAAGUCUGCCAGUGAUCCUGGCCCAGUUACGGGGGUGUUUCCAUAUUCGCCAGAUUGUACGACGCUUUGCAGAGUAAGACGUAAUCGUCACACGCGCACACACACUUGCCAGGAUACACCCCCAACUUUUGCUUUAAUAAACGUGGGAAGAAUGUGUCUUAUUAUGUGGAGAAUAUGGCAAUUGUGUGGGAGCUUGAUUUCAGAGAAUAGUAAAAGAUACAAUAUUUUUACCUUUUUUCAUAAUUAGACGAAUUUUCAAAGGGGUUAUGUCUAAUAAUACACUGAAUAUUUUUAGUUUUUUUAUGCUCUAUAUAUGAGUAAUACAUUAUAUGUGACGUUUUAUAUUCAAUAAUUGAGCAAAAUAUUUUAGACUUUUAAAGUCAAACAUCUCAAACUGUAGCACAGAGCUGAGCAUACGGUAUCAUUAUAUAACAGUGAAGAGAAAUAAUGUCAGUCUAAGUUUGACUCUCAUUUUGAUUAGCAUUUGUUUAAUGAAACGUGGCAUUUGAAGUUGUUUCCUUGUUGGGAAAUGUGUUUACCUAAUUGGUAUUUUAAAUACCGCAGUGUAUAAAUAAUAUUCUACGAACAUACACCAAGGAACAGCCUGUGAAAGUAAAACAGUUGCGAUGGAUAGCACUUAAAAUAUUUAUACCAUUUUCUGUAUAAGUUCUAUGUUGUGUUUGUGGGUUGUACCGUGUGUUUGGCGUGUUAUCCGACGUUUCACCCUACGUGCUGGAGCAGAUUGCACAUGGCAUUAUCCGAAAACACAACAGAGAGAUAUAUACAGCUCAACAAAAAACGCAAAACACCCCUCCGUACUGUGUAAAAACAUUCUGAGUGAUAACUUGCUCAAAUAAGCAUUGAGGUAGUGCUAAUCUAUUGUUUACAGCUCUGAGCCGGUGGUGGGAAUUCCUUAUACCUAUGGCAGGGGUGAGUCUGCCCGUAGAAAAACCACUGUUGUCUUCCCCACAAGGUGGUACAUACGUUACCCUACCCCAGAGGAGUGAUGGGCUGAGUCAACCGCCCAAACAGAAUUUUAACUCGAAAACUUCCGAUUGCAAUCCAUUUGUUCUACCACGGUGCUUAUUUGGCGAUACGCAAUUUCAGAAAUUGCAAAGAGGAAUGUUUCCUUUUAAAUAUGUACAAAUAUUAAAAUUGAGCACAGGUGAAUGUUGAAUGGAGAGCGUGUUUAUUUACCACCAUGGUCACCGUAGUAGCUACGGUCUAUAUGGGACGGUUGGGGUAUGGUUUCUGAAUGAGAUGUUGUCGACUCGGACAAAAGGUAAUGUUAGGCUUGUUUAAAAGCCCAAUCUUUACGUAACAAUCAUGUGGUGCCACAAGUGCACUGAUGUUAGGUUCGAGUCGACAUAUUAAAUAUUUCUUUCUGAAAACCUUCACUUCCCGUUUGUGUGCCUGACAGUUUUUUUUUUUAAAGAUGAAACAAAGUUGAAGCAUCAAAUAUUGUUGUAAUGUACUAUCGAACUGAUAGGCGUAUAUUUUUUUAACUGAAAGAUAACUAUAUGAAAAACACACAAGUGCGCAUAACGGCUCCAUAGCCUUCCGGCUUUGGAACGCACUCAUUGGCAUUAUGUAAUGUUCUUGAAAAAAAAAAACCUCUUCUCUGUCUGAGACUGUAAUGUUUUUUUUUAUUAUAUAUAAUACUCCACGGAACAAAUGUACGAGCCUUCAGUUGUUGAAAAAUAAUGGUAUUCCAUCUACCCGCCUUACAUUUCUUGUUUAUUGCAGAUAUAUUAAGUGCCUUCGUAUUGGGUAUUUCAGUGACGAUUCUGCUGUUUGUUAUGACAACCCACGUGACGAUGUCGCUGUUGUAACUGCUGCUGCUGCUGUUUUGAAUCCACCCAGAUUUGAGUGUCUCGUUUGGAGUGGAUUCAAAUUUGGUUAUUUAACAAAAAAAAUUCAUUUUAAAUUAGUCCGCAGGCAGUGCCAGAUAUUAAAUCAUGCUUUGGUGUGUGUAUGUGUUCGUUCAUUUAAAAUCCCCACACCAUGAAACACUUUUAAGAAGAAUAUAACUCAAAAUUAAAAUUAAUUACACACCACUGCAGCCACAGAUAAUUACGUUGGUUGCACUUAAAUUUCAUGGUUUCGUAUGCCCUUGUGAGAUGGCUCAGCAACCGUGAUAUUGAAUCUAGCGCUGACCGACUGUUCUCACGCACUUAGCUGUGAAACAGCGUCAACCAAUUAGGCAUUGAGGGUGCAUUAGGGAUGUCACCAUGUCCUGGUUUUUCCCAGCAUCGACCUAUUGAGGUCGCUGCGGUCCUGAGAAAUCUGCGAGUCAUUACGUUUCCCCAUUUUUCUCAGUUACAUAAUGCACUGCUCAAGGCAAUGCAUUUGCAUGUCGUUCUGCCCUCCUAUAAUCUUCAUAGAUAUUCUUCCCAUGAUAUGCCCUGUUUUUUUUUUUUUUAAACCUCAGAGGUCGCAACCCAAGGAUGCAUUAAUGUAUCGAUUAAGACUGAUUAUUAUGCUCAUGACAGGUGCAUUGAACUAUUAUUUACGAUGUAUGUUAAUGCUAUGAUAUCUCAUUUAGGCCAACAAAGAAGAGAAAUGAAAUGAGAAACAAUAGUAAAGAUGAUUGAAUUGAAUUGCAAUGCCGAAGGGUGGAGGCGGGGUGAAUAUUUACAUGCAGAAUACUGAUAGCGACAAUGAUACAUUCGGGCAGUUUUAGGGCAAUUGUUGCCACCAAUGGUCUCAGUAGCUGCAACAUUUUUCUGCCUACAGAUGCUGCAACAGAUUCUAAACUGUAAAACAAAACAGUUGCCCGAAUCUCGGCAUCUCAUCGACGCUUUUCCCGGUGAGAAACUUGGAAGGCAACUUUGAAUCGGGUCACAGAGGUCACAUUGUGUGUGCUCUGGCAACCGAUGUUAUGUGCUCAUCAUGUGUCAGUUUAACAUUCUGCUUCUAUUGGCUUGGUUACCUCCAUUGUUGUAGUGAGUUUUCUUAGUUGCUCAUGGUGAACAAGUCACUGGUGACAAUUGCCAGAAAUAAUCCCCCCCCCCCCCCCCACUGCAUUACUUUUAAGUAAUAAUGUGAGCAGUCAAAGGGAAAUCGUGACAAAUAUUUUAAAGUAGUGUUCGGCAUAGGCUCACAUCAAGCCAUUAUGUUACAAAUUAAGCCAUACAAAUAACCCACGAUACUUUUGCAGUAACGUUUUUUAAAGCCUUUUAUUACGUUACAGUUUUUCAUAUGAUGGAAAUAGCAAGUUUUUUUAACGAAAGUAUGUACAAAACUUCAACCAGUAGCCUAUUAUAGGCUCACUGUAGAUCGGUUUGGUGUAUGUAAUAUUGAUCGCCAUGCAGAUAUAAUUACAAUGUGAUACUGUUUUGAUAGCAAAUCUCAUUAUUACUUGACAUCUCAUGAGAUCAACCAGCCUUGAUAUUAAAUACUUUGUGUGUGGGCCAGGUGGACCUACAAUGGAUGACGAUGCAGCUAAAAUGGCCUUUCAAGUAUUAGAUGGGACCAGGUACCAUUUAAUUAACCCGUUAAUUUUGUGACAAUGGUCAUUCGUGAGUAAUGGUUACAGGGAGCUGAUUGUGUGUGAUCGUUUCGGUAAAUAUGGGAUGCAGACUGCUUGCUUGUGACGAUAACCUCUGUAAUUGUUGCUGCACAUCGAACCAACGAGAAGGGCAUUUUAAUGUGGUGCUGGCAGUCGAAAUCGGUUUCAGAUUGAUCAUCUUUGGAUUCUUAAGGACAACUUCACAUAUUUUUGGGACGUGCAGAUAAUUGACAUUACUAACUUAGAUUAACAAAAAAAAUCGUGCUAACAAAAGUAAUGUCAUAGGUUCCGUGUGACACCAUUUCUCAUGGGAAAAGCACAGAAGUGACAUGAUGAAAGUGACGUCUCUUCCAGCGGUGUCAUACUUUCUGGUUCUUUCGGUAAAGUAACGUAGUCAUGUUUUUGGCUAAUUUUCGACAUAAUUUUUUUAAAAUCUUCGCUCAAUUUUCAUACCUUUUUUAAUUAAUCUGAAAGUGGGAACGCAUCGCUUGCCUGUUAACCUGGAGACUGGGUUCAAGGUAACCAGUGCGGACUCGUGACAUGAUGUGAAAGCAAGUUAUUGGGAAGCAUGCUCAGAUUGUAAUUGUUUGUGCUUAGCUUUGUUUCAUUAUGAAUGUCAUGUUUAUCGGAAAAGAUGAACGCUCUCACUUUCAAAAAACGUUUUUAAUUUAUGGGUUCUGAUGUAUUGUUGAUUUUCUUAACAAUGGACUUUGCAAAUUAUGUUGUGUUCUCGAGCAGACUGCCAGCUUUUUUAGUGUUCUGUGUCAGUGCCUGAUAUGUAACGUAUAUGCUCAGUUUUGCAUUGAAAUGUAUCGUUUCAAAUAUCAUCAUUUGAUAAUGCAAUCAAGAGUGAAACGUAUAAAAUCACAGUACGUCACACGCUCCACUUGAUGCACAUCUGAAAGUUUUCAGAAAGCGAUGCCUCUUAAAUCCACCACGGAAAGGCGAAAUCGUUCUGCACAUCGAGCCUGCCACUCAGGGUCACGAAAACGCCCGUCCUCACCACCUACCAACAACGGUGGCACCUGUCCAUCUUUAACAAUCUCAUUUAUAUAAAAAAAACUGUUACCCACUGCACGAGUCUGAUGAUUGUUAAACACGUACUUUAUUGAGGUAGUGUGCCGAGUCUAAUCAAGUUAAGAGGUGUUACGUAUGUAUCCCACUUUCCAAAUCGCUGAUGUGCACGCGGUGUGUAACGAGUUAUUUGAUAUUUGAAUUGAGAUUUCUAAACAUGCGCAGGCGAUUGGGUGGAGGAUCGCAAGGGUCGGGAUUGGGGAGAGCCUGCCAAAGUUGAAUAUUUGUAACCGGACGCGAUCAAUGUUUAAAUCGGGUUUCUCUACCGUGCAGCAUCGGAGAGAUCUGGCACAGGGUAGAAAGUGGGCACAGGGUUUCCAAUGUCUGGAUUUUUAAGGACAAUUUGUGGUUUGAUAAUUGUUUUUUUACCCUUCCAUCUGGCAACAAAACUGACACCUUUUUUUACAAGGAGUCAUGUUUGCAUAGACCACAAUACCUGCAGUCAUAAUGCAAACAAAAAACAUAACUCCGAUAAUGUAUGCACUGUCCUUGAAGUUGAUUGGUCCACACCCGAGACAGCUUUCCUUAGAGCCUAGUCUCACAUGGGUUGGACCAGGCGACGCCUUUUGGCGUCAUCUGGUCCAAGGGUAAAAAAAAAACAAUUAUCAUAUUUUUUUACUGGCAAAUGAGGUUCCAAUGGUGUAAAUUUGUGGUUUGUUUUUUCCCCUCGGAUGUUCGUGUUAUAAUUGACACCGGUGUUUAGUUUAACACGGCUUCGUGCGGACAACAGUGACGUCGCGCAGGAAAAGAGUGGACACGAGAAGUGACGCAUCUUGCCGUGACGUCACAUUCCACGUCAAUCCGAAAAGAAAACACAUUUCGUACAAUUCUAAAUGUCCUAUUUUGGCUCUAUUUCUGCGGAUUGUUUUUAUUAGUCCGAAAAUCGAGAAUGCAUCCCCCCCCCCACUCGGGUGCAUUGGCGGGGAGUAGUGACACAAACAGCUUUGGCCAUGCUCAACCGUGGACCAACUGCUUAUGAUCGAAAUGUAUUUGGAUAUUAAACAAAGGUGCUUUGGCUCGCUUCAUGCAGGUUUUUUUUAAUGAAACGUGUCGGUGCGGUACGCGAGGAUGAAUGGGUGAUACAGCCUGAAUCACGACAAAUGCCAUCGCGUGCAGUAUCCCCAACCUGUUGUGCAGUCGAGUUUAGGUUGCGGUGGCGAUGAUGUAGGUGCUGCCUGUCAACGCCGAUCAUCACCUGUGAUGUUGAUGUUGCGCCUUCACACGGGGGCUCGCUUUCCCCGUAAUGUUUUUGUUUUUAAACACUGCGCGCGGCGAAUGGAACACGUACAAAAAUAAAGCAUUGUUGACAUUAA